AUGGGGCCCGUUCCGGCGGUAGACCCUGCGCCGCCCGCCAGGAUCGCCUCCUUCCCUGUCCACGUGUACUCCGCCGACACCGACAGGCGGAUCAGCGAGUGCGGGGUCUGCUUGGAGGACUACGCACAGGGCGACCAGUACUGGGAGCUCCCCACCUGCAGGCACCACUUUCACGUGGCCUGCCUCAGGGUGUGGCUAGAGUCCCACUCCACCUGCCCCUUCUGCCGCCAGACGGUUUGA